CAAUCAAGCAAUGGUAACACGCACUGCAACAACUUACAAUUCUGAGUUGAAAAUAUGGAGUGGACCAGAAGGUGGUUACGAGUCCAAUGUUGCGUUGGGAACGUACAUUUUUAACUAUUUGAAGUCAGAGGUCGUUAAACAUCCGGAGAAAGUGAUUCAGAUACACCACGAAACGGACGAAAAAGUUACAGUUGCCGAUAUGCAUGGAAGAAGUAUUCGACUGGCUGUUGCUUUUUCAGAAAUGCAACUGAAAGCUGGAGAUGCAGUUGUCAUCGUUUCACGAAAUAUUCCCCUACUAAUGCCAGUGUCUGUUGCACUUCAGUAUUUGGGAGUGGUCAUAACCUAUUUGGAUGAAAGUACAGUUCUACAAAACGCCGGUAGCAAUGAUACCGCCUUGAAGCGAAUCGCUCCGCGUUUCGUAAUUUGUCAACAUUCGUACGCCGAAACUGUGCUAAAAGAAGUGGUGGCCGAAAAUAUAUUAACUUUCGACGGGAAUGAUGAAGGAUUUUUAUCAGUGGAAGGAUUAUUGGCAAAAAUUUCAUCAAUUGAUGAAAAAUUCAGACCAGUUACUAUAGAUCAGCCAGACAAAGUCACGGCUGUUAUGCUUACAACUAGCGGAACAACUGGUGCAUCGAAAUUUCUAUGCCUGUCGCAUGCUUCUAUCCUAAAUCAAUGCUUAAGAUGCCACAAUUUCGUCAACUAUGGAAUAAUAUUUCAUUUUGUUCCAAUGAAUUGGAUCAGUGGACUUGACGGUGGAUUUGGUGAUUUGAUCAGGGGAAAACUACGAAUCACAACCGGUGAGAGACCCACUCCGCCCAUCUUUGUCGAUGUCAUUACAAAGCAUCGUGUGACCGAAUUAUUUUUGGAUGCCGGAACAUUGGCCGUACUUGCUCAAUAUUUCCAUCAGACUCGGCCGAAUUUAGAUUCGAUUAAAUUGGUGUCAUGCGGUGGCACAAGCGUGUCCGAUCAAUUGAGACUAUGCAUACAAGACUAUACUCCGAAUGGGGUCACGAUUAUAGGUUAUGGGAUGACAGAAGUAGCUGGAGUGUUGGCUGCUUGCUACAAACCGAAAGGCAUUUCAGUGGGCUUACUGUGCGAAGGCAUUCAAAUUAAGAUCUGUAGCCCAGAUGGAACGCACCUUGGUCCACAUGAAACUGGAGAAAUUUGCGCUAAGACUCCGCAUGAAUUUCUGGAUUGCCUGAACAACAAUCCACCCAGAGAAGAGUUUUAUGAUAAAGACGGCUGGUUCUUGACAAAUGACAUUGGAUACUUUGACGAUGAAGGCUUCCUGUAUAUUCUUGGAAGGAAGCAGGAUAUGCUUCAACAUCUUAACCAUUUGGUUAAUCCCAUUGUUGUCGAAACGAUUCUGGAGAGUCAUGAAGGAGUAUUUAAGGCUUGUGUUGUUGGUGUCACCAUACCGGUAUAUUACGAUCUUCCGGUUGGCAUUGUGCAAAGAGCUGAAGGCAGUACGGUGUCAGAGAACGAACUGCAUGAUUUUGUUAAAGAUAAACUUCCGGAUGAGUAUCACAGACUGAAUGGAGGUAUUUACUUUGUUGAUACGUUUUCUCGCACGCACACUGGCAAAAUAAAGAGACUAGAUGUGAAAAAUUUGGCCUUACAAUUGUACACUGAGAGAGUGGCUGCAGAGCUAGCAAAACAUUAGGUGCAGUAGACUUAGUAUGAUAAUAAA